GUUGCUGUUCGUACUGAAAAUAGCCGCACUCCCCCAAGUUUGCGGAGUUGGAGCUGGGGUCCCUAAAGGAGCCUCGUCACCUUUUAGCUUGCUUCGUGCUGGCCGGUGGCGUGCAGUUCUGGGUAGGGGGCUGUGCCUUCCUUUUGCUGCAUUAGUUUAAAAGAAUGACACACUACGUGUUUAGAUCGAGAAGGUUCGGUUCACGUUAGUCCCGCAACUGCUCCCGGAGGCUGCAGGCUUGAUGUUCUCCCGCCGGGACAGGCGUGUCUCGCCCAUCCUCGUCGCCUUCACCCUAGCCCCCGCUUCCGGUGACCUCUGGAAGAAAGGGUGGCCCAGCCGGAGCCAGACCCCCUUGGAGGGGGCCGCUGUGUGGGCCUUCUAUGAAGCCGGGGUUAGGGUGGAGGUAGAUUUCCCCCGAGGGCCCCCGGGACCCUCGCAGGCACCUCCCGGGGGGAGAAAACGCACGCGGAAAACUCGGUUGCAGCGGUCUGGGGCUGCGGAGAGCCAGGGGGCUUGCGACCGACAGGCCGCGCGGCUCCAGCGGGCUGCGCAGGAGGGAGACGUGCGGCCGCGGCGCGACCCGUGGAGCCUGCCACCCGGGGGCCCGCAGCGCGCCAUCCGCGCCUGGGACGCCUUCGGGUGCAUUGCGCUGGUGUGCGCUGCCCGGGCAGGCGGAGCUGCCCGCGUGGGUGUUGGUGGGCCGGGAGGCCGAAACCUAGCCCAGCUGGUGCAAGAGGCCAUUCCCCGAGGGGGCCCGAGAGAGCAGUUAGUGGGAAGGUCUUCCGGGGACAGCCCCUUGCCACUGUCCCAUUGAGUGGGCCAAGCCCCCUAGUUACAAAGAAAGGCUUGCAACCUUCCCUGGCUCUAGGAGCUCUUUGUCUAAUGGGAAAACACAGGCAAACAAGCCAUACAUAGCAUCCACUGGAGUUAAUCAGAAAGAGGAAAGGUGCUAGUAUUAAAGGAAAAGGGGGAAAAGCUUGUGCAAAGUGGAGUUUUAGCUGGUACUUGAAGCCAUGAGAUGGAGAUGCAGAGGGAGAAUAUUCUGGGCAUGAGGCACAGCUGGAGAAAAUGCCUAGUCUGUAGACGGGGAAUGUCGUGGGAGAAACGGCAAGGUGGUCAUAAUCUCUGGGUGUCAGAGAAUGUGGGACAGAGUGUAGGUGUAGGGAGCCUAGAAAAGAGAGAGCUCCAUUGUCUAGGACUUUAAAUUCCAAACAAUUUUAAGUUUAUCCUGCAAGUGAUGACCAUUGGGUCUGCUGUUACUCUUCCAUGUCUUUCUCCAUGGACCAAGGUUGUGAGGAUCAAAUGAGAUAAUAGUUGUAAAGCAUGUAAUAAGUUUAUAAAUGCUAGCUGCUAUCAUCAUUAUUGUUAUUACACUAUUUUACCCUAUUUCAUUAAAGAGUAAAUGGUCAGUAAUGCCUAGCUUCCUUUUCCCCAAGGAUCCUGAUUGCUUUAGAUUGUUCCCUGUGGCAGCAGGGCCCUGUUUUUCCUUAGUGGUGGUGAGAACAUGGCUUAAAGGCCUGGUCAUUCUUUUCAACUCCAGAGCUGAACCAGUCUUGGGGCUCCUCUCUGGUAAUACAGUUUUUGAAGACUUAUCAAAUGCCUGUAAAAUCUAUAUCUAAAAUAUAAGUGUAUGCUGGGGGUUGGGUAUACACAACUAUACAGAUUGGGAUUUUGGUCCUCUGAUUUGGGGAAAUCAUUUAAUCUGGGUUUUAGUUCCUCAUUUGUAAAAUAGGGGGUGAAGUUGGACUAGAUAACUUCUAGAUCUCCUACCGUUAAGUCUAUGAUCAUUUGUGCAUAAAUAUUAUAUUAGGUUUAACGAAAGGCACAAAAGAGCUCCCAAGCACUUUAGGAAAAUUAGAGUUAGAGAUAUGCUUAGUUAUGUGACUAGCCAUCAUGGAAGAGGUAGCAACUGAACUGAACUUGAAAAGAGGCUCAUCUUCACUCUUUUUUUCCCUUUUUCUUCCCAGGCCCUGUUCUCCAUUGCCAAAGUACUGUGAGACUUGCAGCUCGCAAUAACUGAGACCCUAAUCAUAACAGUUCUACUGCUCACCUCUUAUUUGUGUCCCAUGGGCCUCAGCCAUCUCUGUUGCCUCCAGGAUUUCCUGCCUCUAGCCCUGGCUUCUAAUUAUUGAAGGGGAAACUGGGACCCAGAAGAGCCAUUACAUUUCAGGUAACC